CCGAACCGAGCGCAGGGUCGCCAACAUCACGAGGGAAUGGCAUUGGGAGCAGGACUGUCAAGACUGGUUGCAGUCGCUCCCUCUGUAAACCCGUCGGCCUCGAGGUCGAAAUAUUUUUCUCACUUCUUGAUCCCUCCAUCUGGAGCUGGACUUCUCCCCCGUCAACCAUCCGGUCGCUCUCUCUUCUUCCGGUGUCCGCUGCCUCGUUUAGCAGAUUCCACUUCCGGCUAUCGAGGGAGAGUUUCCUUGGCCGCCAUGUCGUCGUCGUCAUCUUUCUCUUCUUAUGAAGUGGAGCUUGCCGCCGCUAAGAAGGCGGCAUCUCUUGCUGCUCAUCUCUGUCAGAAAGUGCAGAAAUCAAUUUUGCAAUCAGAUGUCCAAUCCAAAGCGGAUAGAAGUCCUGUCACAGUAGCUGAUUAUGGUUCACAAGCAUUGGUCAGCCUUGUACUGAGGAUGGAGCUUCCAUCUAAGUCAUUUUCGUUGGUGGCCGAAGAGGAUUCAGGAGACCUGCGUAAAGAUGGUGCCCAGGAAACUUUGAAACGCAUUACCAAGCUUGUAAAUGAAACAAUCACAACUGAUGGUACAUAUAAUCUUUCCCUGUCUGAAGUGGAUGUGCUUGAUGCCAUUGAUAGUGGCAAAUCUGAAGGGGGUCCAUAUGGUCGGCAUUGGGUUUUAGAUCCAAUAGAUGGCACUAAAGGUUUCGUGAGAGGGGAUCAAUACGCAAUUGCACUGGCAAUGCUUGAUGAAGGAAAGGUGGUGUUGGGUGUCUUGGCAUGUCCAAAUCUUCCCCUAACUCCAAUUAGCAGCACUUAUGAACACUCUUCUAAAACUGAAUUUGGUUGCCUUUUCUCCGCUAGUAUUGGUUUUGGAACAAAAAUGGAGUCAUUGGAUGGCUCCACAACUACUAAGGUGCACAUCAGCACAGUCGAGGAACCAGCUGAUGCAUCCUUCUUUGAAUCAUUCGAAGCAGCCCACUCCAUGCAUGAUUUAUCUAGCUGCAUAGCAGAGAAACUAGGUGUUAAAGCACCACCUGUGAGAAUUGAUAGCCAGGCAAAGUAUGGUGCUCUUGCACGAGGAGAUGGCGCUAUUUAUUUGCGCUUUCCUCAUAAAGGCUAUCGUGAAAAAAUAUGGGACCAUGCUGCUGGUUUCAUUGUUGUGUCAGAAGCUGGUGGUGUAGUGACUGAUGCUUCUGGGAAUGACUUGAAUUUUUCAAAGGGAAGAUAUCUUGAUCUUGAUACUGGCAUCAUUUGCACAAACAAAAAGUUGAUGCCAUUGCUUUUGAAAGCAGUGCAAGAUUCUCUAAAAGAAAAACUCGCAUCACCAUCGACGCUGUAAAUCAUUUCUGAAUAAUGAACCAUUUCUCCCCUGGUAUUUUACAUUAUGUUAUUUCACACUUCAUAGUUUGAACAAGGCUGAUAGGCACAUGCAUUAUCCAUUAUGUGAGCAGAUAGAAACCUGAUUCUGUAAGUCGUUUGGACAUUCUCUAUUGAUGUUGAAAAUGAUAUUUAUUCUCAUUGAACCGCUACUUUUCUGAAGAAAUUGUUAAGUCAGAACUACGGCCAUUUUCUUAUACAAUA